AUGAAUUUUGAAGUGGAAGAAGAAGUAGAUCAAGAAGAAGCAAAUCUAGAAGAAAUAGAUUUAGAAAUGAAUCAAAAAGAAGAAAUAGGAGGAAUAGGAAAGAUAAGAAGAGUGAUAGGAGAAGAAUAG